AUAUCCGGAUGGUUCAGAGCCUCCAUUUCGACCAUCAACGCUCGAAGCGGUAAAGCAUGUCAUCGGACGAAGACACGCGCAAGAAGAACGUCGCCGACAUGUUCGGCGACGAGUCGGACUCGGACGACGAUGGCUUCAAGCCGGCUGCCAAGUCGGUAAACGCGGACGCGUCUGGUCUCUUUGGCUCGGACUCGGAGUCCGAGGAUGAGAAGCCCAAGAAGCUCAAGAAGGCCGCGCCCAAGCCCAAGGCGGCGGAAAAGCCCAAGAAGGCGGUCAAGCGCAAGUCGCGUGACGACGAGCCUGCGCCGCGUGCGCCGGAAGGCGACGAGUACGACUCGGGCGACGAGGUCAAGCGCUCCAAGGCCGACGACGCCUUCAUCGACAACGACGACGACCUCGACGACGUGCUCGACGAGUACGGCAACGACAAGCAGGAGUUCCACGACGAGCGUCCGGACAUGGACGACGACGAAGACGAAGCGCCCGAGCGCCAGCAGCGCGAACUCGAUUUCUUUGACGAGACCAUGAAGGGGCUUAAGUCGGGCCGCGCAAAGUCCAAGAUGUCGCUGUCGCAGCAAGACAUGGAGAACAUCACCCAAGAACUGCUCUACCGCAUGGACAAGGCGUACUCGGACGACGUGCAAGCGAUCGACGAGCACCGCCCGGCGCUCGAAAAGCUCAAGUUUGUCGACAACGCGCUCACGAUGAUGCGCAAGGUGCAGCUGCAACCGAUGCUGCUCGACUUUGAUUUGCUCGGCAUCAUCAAAAAAUGGAUUCAACCGCUCGACAAUGGCGCGCUCCCGAGCCUGAGUCUGCGCUCCAAGAUGCUCGACAUGUGCCAGCGCAUGCCCAUCUACAAGGAACAUUUGAAGCGCAGCGGCUUUGGGAAGGUCGUCAUGUCGCUCUGGAAGCACCCGGACGAGACGCCCGAGAACAAGGAGCUCUGCCGCCUCAUGAUCGACCGCUGGAGCCGCUCCGUCUUCUCCAAGACGCUCGACUACUCGAAGCUCGGUGAAUACGAAGCGGAGAAGCGCGAAGCCAACGGCGGCUACUAUCACCAAGCCGAGAAGCGACCGUCGGGACGUACCGAGUCGGUGCGCAGCAAGGGCUUUAUGAACAAGCGCUCGGACGCGAACGAGGACGCGGACGCGUCGUCGCGCGUGCGGAUUCCGCAAGCGAUGCGCUUUGACUUUUCGCUGCGCCCGCAGCCCAAGGUCGACGUCAAGAACAUUCCGUCGACCAAGAUGGACCCGGACUCGAAGAAGGCCAAGCUCCUGAAGCGCAUGCAGAUCAUUGCACGCCCGAGCAAGGGCGGAAAGCGCGCCGUCAAGAUGAGCAUUGAAGGCCGCGGGUUGUAAGCCACUUAAAAGGAUGUGGCGACGACCUCUUACUACUCUACUACCUACGUAUCUUAAUAAUGGAGCUCUGCACUCGGUU